UGAGAGAGAACCUGAUCCGUUCUCCCUUUGCUAAUCCUAAUUAAAGUAUAUUACCCUCUAGGCUCACUACCCAUACAUUUAUUUCUUGCACCAAGCAAGUCAAUGGAGAAAGUUACCGACUUCUUAUAUAUAUAAGAGCAGAAGAGCUUCAUCCCAACCAACUCCCUAGUCCCAAACCCACACGAUAUCCUCCUAUUCUCAUCCUUUGAUUCCUUUCCACCAUGGCAUGGAUCAGAGGCCGCACCCUCGGCCGCGGCUCUUCAGCCACCGUCUCCCUCGCUAUGUAUCGCCAAUCUGGUGACGUUUUCGCCGUGAAGUCUGUAGAGCUCUCGAGAUCCGAGUUCCUACAAAGGGAGCAGAGGAUUCUUUCUCUGCUCAAGUGUCCUUGCAUAGUUGGGUACCUUGGGUUCGACAUCACAAAUGAGAAUGGUCAGCUUAUCUACAAUUUCUUCAUGGAGUAUUGCUCCGGUGGCACCCUCACUGACGCAAUUCGGCACCAAGGUGGUCGCCUCGACGAGUCUGCGAUCCAGUAUCACACUCUAGCGAUUCUGCAGGGAUUGGAUUACCUACACUCUCGUGGUCUGGUGCAUUGUGACAUUAAGGGUCGUAAUGUCUUGGUUGGGCAAAAUGGAACCAAAAUUGCCGACUUGGGUUGCGCGAGAUGGGUUGGAGAACAGCCUCCGGCGAUGCCGAUUGCAGGGACCCCUGUUUUCAUGGCACCUGAAGUGGCUCGAGGUGAGGAACAGAGUUUCGCUGCCGACAUCUGGGCCCUUGGUUGUACUGUAAUUGAGAUGGCCACAGGACGUCCUCCAUGGCCAGAUGUUGUGGACCCAGUCUCUGCACUUCACCGGAUCGCAUUCUCUCCUGAUAUGCCGGAUUUCCCAAGUUUCCUGUCAGAGGAAGCAAAGGACUUUCUGGGCAAAUGCCUCAGGAGAGACCCAAAUAAGCGAUGGACGGUUCAGGAGCUUCUUAAGCACCCAUUUCUCGAAGAGGGUUGCGGUGGGCAAUUGAAUUUGAAGCGAAUUCAGAGCUCUACCUUCGCAACUUCUCCCAUGAGCAUACUCGAUCAAUUCUUCUGGGACUCAUUUGAGCAAUCCGAGAGAGAGACAGAAGCAGACACACCAGUUCACAUGCCCAACCAAUUGGGAUCGGCGGGUUAUUAUUCAUAUUCUCUUUUGGAAAGAAUCCGGCGGCUGAUCGGAGACAUCCCAUCUUCUUCUUCUCCAACCCCAAGACUACCCAAUUGGACUUGGGACGAAGAUUGGGUUACAGUCAGAAGAAACAACCACGCUGAACACGUUGUCUUUAUGGGCCACGAUCAAAGCAUGUCGCCCACAGACGAACACGCAGAGACUAGUAGGUCGGCGCAUUCAGAUUUGAGUGAUGAACAACCCAUCCAUAACUAUGUAAAUAGUAGUAAUUUUGGUAGUAGCAGUCAGGGAAGCUUGUCCAUAGCCUGUAAAUGUAUUCCAAGAAAUAUUGGAGGGAAUUUUCAAAUGGAACGCUGGAAAUGGUUCAGUUUGGGAAGUUUGGAGCAUUUUAUAGAGAGGCUCAGCCGCGUUUUUUAUUAA